UCAAGAAAGAAGAGCAGCAGAGCCGUGUUUAAUCAACCGUGAGCUCGAUCCCUUCCUUGUCAUCUCAUCAAGGUCGACCAAUGGCGUUUCUAGGAGGAUCACUGCGCAUGACGAGGAGCAUCGGCAGCCGGAAGAUGAUGGAGGGGAAGAGCCACGGCGGGUCAGGAUUGUGGCGGCAGGCCCCAGCGCCCGUGAGGCAGCUCUUCUGGAGAGUGAGGCGCGCCAUGCUGCGGCCGAAGCGCCGCGCCCUGAGUUUCGGGUACGACCUCAAGAGCUACUCCCAGAACUUCGAUGACGGCCUCGUCCCUGCCCACCGCCUCUAGCAAGCCACACCCGCAGGGUCUUCUUCUUCUUCUUCUCAAUUUUACUUGCCGCCCGGCCGGACCAUGGCUCGAGGCUGAAGAGUUUGAAGCGUCCUCACCUUGUGAUUUGCUCCUCCUCUAGUUUAGCUACGAGUGUGUAUUAGACAGUACUGUUCAUACAGAAGUUGCUUACUGUUGAAACUCUGAAACUGCGAAUGA